AUUUGUUUUGUUUUUGUUGUUAUUAUUCUGCUCAUAGAAGAAAAAAAAAGAAUGGAAUUUCUUGAAACAUUAGGUUAUAUAAUGAUUGUAAUCGUAUUAUAUAAAUUAUUUGGAUUUACAAUCAAUUUAUUAUUAUCACAAUAUGGACGAACAAUUGGUUUAGGUGUUAAAUAUAUAUCAAGUAAUGGUGAAUUUGCUGUUAUAUCUGGUGCAACCGGUAUUUUGGGUCGUGAAUUUGCACAAGAAUUUGCAUCGAUGGGUUAUAAUUUAGUAUUGAUAGCAAAAAAUGGACAAAAACUUGAUAANAUCUUGUGUUUGGCCAUAAAUAUCAAAAUAUAA